AUGUAUCUGUUCAUCGAAGCGGGCCUGCGCGGAGGAAUCGUUCAAUGUGCCAUUCGUAACACGAGGGCUAACGUGCCAGGAACCGCAUGUUUCGAUCCGAACACGGCGGUUUCUCAAAGUUUAGACCUCGACGUGAACGGCCUGUACGCUUCCACCAUGCGGCAAGCCCUUCCAUGCGCAGAUUUUCGCUGGCUAGACCGCGAGGAAAUCGACGCUCUCCACUUCCAGCAGGUUACCGACGACGCGCCCGAGAAUUACAUUUUAGAGGUGGACCUCGACUAUCCUCGGGAGCUACACGAUUCGCACGCGGACUUUCCCCUGGCUCCCGAGAAACGAGGAGUCCCGCUCGAAUGGCUCUCACCCUAUCAAAAGGCGCUCGUCGAAAAAUUUCACCUACCCCAGCGAGAGUCUGAGCGAAAGCUGCUUUUCACCUUUUACCCGAAACGGAAUUACAUCAUUCACUACCGAAAUCUCAAGCUGUAUCUGGAGUUGGGCUUACAGCUAAAGGCCAUUCAUCGCGUUUUAAAGUUUUCGCAGAGUGCAUUCCUUAAAGAUUUCAUCGACUUUAACCUCAACCUGCGAAAACAGGCGACUAAUGCCUUUCAAAAGAACCUAUCUAAACUCAUUAUGAAUUCAAUUUAUGGCAAGACAAUCGAAAACCCACGCCAGUACAAUAACGUUGUCAUUAGCGUGAGCGAGGACGAAGUGCUCAGAAACCUGCAGAAGCCUAACCUCAGGCAGUUUGCGGCAAUCAGCCCGACCGUGGUGAUCUUUCAGUUUUCCCAGAGAACGUUACACUUGAACAAACCCGUGUACGCGGGUUUCUCUAUCCUAGAGAUGUCCAAACUGGUCAUGUACAAAUUUUUCAACAAGCAGGUCAAGCGCGUUUUCCCCGACGCUCGCGCAGCGUACAGCGACACGGACUCGUUCAUUCUCCAAAUCACCGACCCGGAUGUAGACUCGAAGCUCGCGACCCUUGCCGAAACUCACCUGGAUACUUCUAAGUACCCGGGCGAUCACCCCUUGUUUUCUCCCGCAAACAAAAUGAAACUAGGAGUGUUCAAAAAUGAAUUCCCAAAAGAUCACAUUCUUGGAUUUGUUUGUCUGAAACCAAAACUCUAUUCGCUCGAACUAGCCUCUAGAGAGCACUAUGUGAGGGCGAAAGGAGUGAAAAGGUGCGAGUCCCGUAAGCUAACCUACGAGCUCUAUGUUCAAACUCUCGAGCAACAAACUCUGCACAAGAUCACGCAGCGGACUAUCGCUCGUAAGUUGUGCGAGAACAAGACUGUUGCCGUGGAGAAGAUAGGACUCAACCCGUUUGACAACAAGCGCUUCAUUGACACCGACGGCGUUUCAACUCUUCCCUUCGGACAUUGGAGCCUCUAAGUGAAGUGCUUUCUUUUUCUCCAUCAUUUCAGACUGAUGUAUCCGUGUGUACACAGAGGGUUGUGUAAAGAGCCAUUUUGUUGUGUGAUUUUCAUGUAG